CUUUCCCCUCUCAAAGAGCCGCUAUUCUUUGAUGAUUGGGCAGCGGCAAACUUCAAAGUAAUAAAUCUUAUUUCUGACUGGCUGGCGGCCCACCAAAGUCCUUAUCAAAUUCUAAGAAGUGAUCCCUCACUCUUCAGAUAGACCAAGGAUAUAUCGGAGAGAGGAGGUACUAGGAGAGUGAAGACCUGCUCGACAAGAUAUUUUACAGCGAAUGCUCAUAUUUUUCCAAAUUAGCGCAUUUAUUUUUAUUAUUAGUUUGCACUGCGAGGAGGAGGACGUUCACAAUGGCAGCGGUGGCUGUUUUACGGAAUGAAACACUGCAAGCUUUUCUGCAGGAUCGCACUCCAAACUCUUCUCCAGAGAACUGUAAACAUUCUCCGCUGGCUCUCCUGGCGGCCACUUGUAAUCGGAUCGGGCAUCACCACGGAUCCAACCCGGCAGAUUUCCUCCAGGUCCCCUAUGAUCCCACGUUGGGCUCCCCUUCGCGUUUAUUUCACCCGUGGACUAACGAGGGAAACCCUCAAAGCAGCCUGGCCAGCAACUCCACUUUCGGACUAUCCUCCAAGCCUCAGCUUUCUGCGCACAUCCAGAGCUCCUUCAGCUCCCACCACGAACUGCCCCUCACCCCUCCGGCGGACCCCUCGUACCCAUAUGACUUUUCUCCCGUGAAGAUGCUACCUUGCUCCAUGCAGUCCCUGCAGUCCUCCUGCCCUCCCACCUACGUCCCUGCUGUCAGCUACGCAGCGCCAACUCCUAUUCCUCCCGCAAUGCCAAGUUUUGUCACGGGACCUUCCGGCCUUGUUCACCAGCAGCAGAGACAGUUGUCUCCAAACCCUGGAGAGGACAUUCCGUGGUGGAGCCUCCAGCAGGGGAACCAUGUGAGCCACUCUUCCUCCCUGGCUCCCCACCGCUUCCAGCUGCAGAGAAGUUUAGUUCUGGGACAUACGGACUUUGCGCAAUAUCAGACGCAAAUCGCCGCUCUGCUGCACACAAAGUCUCCUCUCGCGACUGCGCGAAGAUGCAGGAGGUGCAGGUGUCCGAACUGCCAGUCCUCCACGUCCAGCGACGAGCCUGGGAAGAAGAAGCAGCACAUUUGUCACAUUCCCGGCUGCGGGAAAGUUUAUGGGAAAACUUCUCACCUCAAAGCGCACCUGAGGUGGCACUCUGGGGAGCGGCCGUUUGUGUGCAACUGGCUGUUCUGUGGCAAGAGUUUCACCAGGUCGGAUGAGCUGCAGAGACAUCUGAGGACUCACACUGGAGAGAAGCGCUUUGUUUGCCCGGACUGCUGCAAGAGGUUCAUGAGGAGUGACCACUUGGCAAAACACGUCAAAACACACCAGAACAAAAAAAGCAAGUGCCACGACAAGACACUUGAUCAUGUCAAAAGAGAGGACGCGAGGAAUAUGUUGUAACACACAUGCUUGUCAUUUGAAACAACAGACAUUAAAUAACAGUGCAAUACAGUCAAUCCGUUAGUUAAAAUGCACCGAGCUGCAUUUUUGUAACCCAUUUCGGUUAUUAUUUUUUUAAAUUUGUUUUCAUACACUCUGACAAUAGUUUAUAACAUUGCUGGUCUGUGUAGUACAAUUUUUGUAUAUAAUAUAAAGUUUCAUAAGUUAAUUUGGGACCAUGGAAAAGUUAAAGCUCAUAAGUUUGAAUUCACUGUCUAUAUCAUAUCAAGGAAGACAAGUUUUCAGCUUGUGUUUUGGAUCAUUGUCUUCGGUGGAAGAUUUCACUCUCCCUGUAAAUUAUAUUUAAUAGCUUUUGUUGAAUGAAAGUGUCUGUUUUUUGCUCCAUAAGGGGUGUUUUUAAGCAUGCUCUUAAAAAGAUCUGCUAUUGUUGACAUGACCCAAAUACUGUGUGAGAAUAAAAGUUAUAACAUUUUCAUCAUCUCAGAAGAAUUCAUUCAGUAUCCCUCAGUUUUAUGAGUGAUGAGGCAGCCAGAAGGCUUUAUCUGUGUAUAGAGAUGUCACUUGGAAAAUUGUGUGCGAGCUUUGUUAAGUGUUGCCAUUGUUAGGAGUUUUACUAGUAAAAUCCAGCUAUCCAUUUCGAACUAUUUUGUUAAAUAAAAUUGGAAAAUAAAC